AUGGCUUUUCCAGAAUUUGGCCAUGCCUUCAAAUCUCAAUAUUUCUCACUCUUGGAUCCUGAAGUGACGUUGGUCAACCAUGGCUCUUUUGGAACUACACCAACAUGCGUUGUUGAAAAACAAAAGCAGCUUUGUGAAGAUGCAGAACGGUAUCCUGACAAAUACUUAACGGACGAAGUCGAGGUUCUUUAUAAACGGCAAAUCAGGCUCCUUGCAGACUAUCUUAAACUGGACUGGAGAAACUUGGCUUUGGUAACUAAUGCAACGGUAGGUGUUAACACAGUACUUCGUUCAAUUCCAUGGAAUUUUUCUAAGGAUAAAGUACUUAUCCAUUCUACAGGCUACGAGGCGUGCGGGAACACCGUGAAGUUUUUAUCUGAGUAUUUUAAUUUGCAGUACGAUGUCAUUGACCUCACGUAUCCAAUUGAGGACGAAAAGGUCCUUGAAGCUUUCGAGGACAAACUCUCUACAGGGGAGUACAGACUGUGUUUGUUCGACAUGAUAAGCUCGAUGCCAGGAGUGCAAUUGCCUUAUCAAGACCUUAUCAAACUGUGUCAGAAAUAUAAUACUUUGUCUCUUCUUGAUGGUGCGCAUGCUGCGGGCCAAGUGGACCUUCAGUUUUUAGAUGAGCUUCAGCCAGACUUCAUGACUACAAACUUGCACAAAUGGCUCAGUGUCCCGAAAAGUUGUGCUUUGCUUUACGUCAACCGUAAACACCAUGCGACUAUUCAGACAAUGCCGAUAUCCUGGAACUUUUCUGCGGAAGCAUGCCGCGCUAUUGAAAAUCCACAAACGGUUGCUGAAAUUGAGCACAAUGACCUUUUAAUGCACAACAAGUUUUUUUUCGUCGGUACCAUAUCGUAUUCUACUUACCUCUGCAUUGAAGAGGCUUUGAAGUUUCGUCAAAGUAUCUGCGGUGGUGAAGAACGCAUUCGCAGGUACCAAUGGGAACUACAGGACGCUGCUGUCAAGGCCGUUACUCUCGCUUUAGGGUCGGGCUCCAGGUUAUUACAAAACUCAACCAAUACUUUGACUACCCCAGGAUUGUUCAACGUGAGCCUACCGCUAGACGCUAAGUACCUUUCUGCUCAGCAGAAACUUUCAACUGACUUUCAUCGCUUCAGGCGUUUCAAAGCUCGCUGUGAUGUUUUAACUCGCUCCAAAAAGGCGUAUGCACCAUUUUAUUUCCAUGGUGAUGAAUUAUGGAUCAGGUUUAGCGCUCAGAUCUUCAAUGAGGUUGAAGACUACGUUCUAGCAGCCAAGAUUGUAAAAGCAAUCAUUUACGAGAAUUUGGAUGAGGAGCUGCGCUCCGAAUUGUAA